AGAACCUAGACUACAUAUCUUCGUCGCUGACUCUUAUUUCUCGAAAAUCUAGACCUCCUUAUUCCCCCAUGGCGAAUUCGCCCAAAAUCUAGGGUUUCAACACACCAAGAAGGAGAGUGGGCUUGACCAAACUUCAUCUAAGAUCAAAUGAAUUCUUCCAAUUUUAAAUUCUGUUGUCUAUUAAUUUUAGGCUUGUUUGUGUUAAAAUCUGAAUCAGUACAUCAACCUUUUAGAAGAGAUCCAGGUCAUCCACAAUGGCAUCAUGGUGCGUUUCAUGAUAUUAAAGAAAGUGUUCGAUCAGAUGUUCGUCGUAUGCUUCAUACUCGAGCUGAGGUUCCAUUCCAGGUCCCACUUGAAGUGAAUGUAGUUCUUGUUGGUUUUAGUGGAGAUGGAGGGUAUAGGUAUAAGUUAGAUACUCAUAACUUGGAAGCGUUUUUGAAAUUGAGUUUCCCGACUCAUAGACCAGCGUGCUUGGAGACGGGAGAACCACUUGAUAUCGAACAUCAUCUUUCAUACAAUGUGUUUCCAGUCGGACAACAAGAGCUGAUAGCACUUGAGAAGGCAGUUAAGGGGGCUAUGGUUCCUGCCGGUACUGCUAGAGAGAAUGAAUUUGGGAGGGAGGUUCCUUUCUUUGAAGUAGACGCAAAGGCUGUGGAGCCUGUUUUUGAGCACCUAUACUCCUACAUCUUUGACAUGGAUGGUAGAAGUGGAGAAUCUACAGAAGAGAUGGAUAGACCUGUUCCUAGUGCAAUCUUUGUUGUUAAUUUUGAUAAGGUCAGAAUGGAUCCAAGGAACAAGGAAUUUGAUCUCGAUAGUUUGAUGUAUGGGACCAUACCUGAGCUUACAGAGGAAGAAAUGAAAAAACAGGAAGCAGAAUACAUUUAUCGUUAUCGCUACAAUGGUGGAGGGGCAUCUCAAGUUUGGUUAGGGUCUGGCAGAUUUGUUGUUGCCGACCUCUCUGCUGGUCCUUGCACAUAUGGAAAGAUAGAAACUGAAGAGGGAAGUGUUAGUUAUAGAACACUCCCUCGGUUAUCUAAUUUAUUGUUUCCAAAAGGUUCAAUGGCUGCUAGUGUUUCAUCUACUCAUAAUAUCUUCAUGGGUCAGCUUGGAGCUUUGAUUUCGACUACCAUUCAACAUGUUAUAGCUCCCGAUGUUAGAUUUGAAACUGUUGACUUGGCUAAGAGAUUGCUCGUACCUAUCAUUGUUCUCCGUAAUCAUAAUCGGUACAACAUUAUGGAUGGAGGGCAUAACUACAGUAUAGAUGUCCAAGCAAUUGAAGCAGAGGUGAAGAAAAUGGUACAUACUCACCAAGAAGUAGUUAUAAUUGGAGGUUCACAUGCUCUACAUCGCCAUGAAAAGCUAUCUAUUGCUGUUUCUAAAGCUAUGCGAGGUCAUUCUCUACAAGAAACCAAGCCGGAUGGACGUUUUCAUGUCCAUACCAAGACAUAUUUGGAUGGUCCGAUACUUAAAGAAGAAAUGGAACGUUCUGGUGAUGUGCUUGCUGCAGGUUUACUUGAAGUUUCCGAUCCUUCACUAUCAAGUAAAUUUUUCCUCCGCCAGAACUGGAUGGAAAAUUCCGAUGGCGCAAGUGAUUCCGUCAUAAAGCACCGACCUAUUUGGGAAACAUACAGCCCUAAACGUGGCAAUAUAAAGAAGGACAAACAAAAGAAACUAGGAGAUCUGUACAGAACUUACGGUACCAGAGUAAUUCCUGUCUUUGUACUGUCACUGGCGGAUGUUGAUGAGAACCUUCUAAUGGAAGACGAGAGUCUUGUAUGGACAAGUAAGGAUGUUGUAAUUGUUCUUCAGCAUCAAACUGAAAAGAUACCUCUGAGUUAUGUUUCAGAGACAGAAAGAAGGUAUGCCUAUCCAUCACAAGCCCAACGCCACAUUAUAGCUGGCCUAGCUUCUGCAGUGGGAGGGUUAAGCGCACCGUACGAGAAGGCCUCACAUGUCCAUGAAAGGCCCAUGGUCAAUUGGCUCUGGGCGGCUGGGUGUCAUCCAUUUGGACCAUUCUCUAAUACUUCUGAAGUCAGUCAAAUGCUUCAGGAUGUUGCUCUGAGGAGCAAUAUAUAUUCGCGGGUUGAUGCUGCACUUCACAAAAUUCGUGAUACUUCAGAGACUGUCCAAAGUUUUGCUGCUGAGUAUCUGAAAACACCUCUUGGUGAGCCAGUCAAAGGUAAAAAGAACAAGACAAUCACUGAGCUGUGGGUGGAAAAGUUUUACAAGAAGACGACCCACUUACCAGAACCAUUCCCACAUGAGUUAGUUGAAAGAUUAGAGAAAUAUUUGGAUAGUCUUGAAGAACAGCUUGUAGAUCUUUCGUCCUUGUUAUAUGAUCAUCGGCUAGAGGAGGCACACUUGAACAGUUCAGAAAUCUUCCAGAGUACCAUGUUUACCCAAAACUAUGUGGAUCAUAUCUUGGCUGCUGAAAGGGAGAAGAUGAGGUGUUGCGAGAUCCAGUACAAUUUCCCAGUUCAAUCGUCUCAAGCAUUUAUCUAUGGGGGAAUACUCAUUGCCGGAUUCUUUGUAUAUUUUGUUGUUAUUUUCUUUUCUAAUCCUGUUAGAUGACCAGAUUCAUUCGAAUUGUGAUUAGAAAGAAUUUUGCUAACAUGUUGAAGUAUACCAUACUGUGUAAUAGGAGUUGAAUUUUAAUUGAAUUGAAUUAGAUGAAAAUCAGAUGUCUUAUUGUCAGUU